CUAGUAUUAAAACAUCAUCUACCUUUAUUUUUCUUUCAUCGACAAAACUCACGAAAUAAAUUGGGAUUGACAAUAAUAUGUCCUAUAACGGAAUUGGACUUAGCACAGCUCGUGGAUCAGGCACAAAUGGAUAUGUUGUGCGUAAUCUGGGCCAUUUGAAGACUCGCAGGAAUGAAUUCCAUCAGUCAGAUCCCUAUGAAGAUGAACCCAAGAUUCGUAAACCCAAUCCUGAGUUAGUUUUGCAUGAACAGAAGCGAUCGAUAGAGAUCAAAUGUGCGACUUUGCAGGAUGAACUCGAAGAUGAAGGAGUGGAUGAAGAAGAGAUUGACCGACAGGUCAACGCAUUGAGAGAAAAGUUGACCGCACUUUUAGAAAAGGCAACUGCUGCUGCUGCGCUUGCUAAGACUAAGGCUGCAGAGAGAGAGGCCGCAGAACAAAAGGCUGCAGAGGAGUGGGCCCAGAAAGCAUCAGAGAGAGCAGCGGAAAGAGUUAGAACUGCCGUAUCAUCAGGAAAAGAUUCAGGGCGCGAACGCAAUAAUGGCAGGCACUCUACUCGAGAAAGGGAUUCUGAUAAGAGACGAGGCCGCUCACACUCACGCUCACGCUCACGGACACCACGUUCGAAAAGAAGACGUUAUUCGCCAUCGACAUCUCGAUCCCGAUCUAUUUCAGAAUCCCGUUCACGGUCGCGUUCCAUUUCUUCUUCACGUCCUCGUCCUCGUCCUCGUUCUCGUUCUCGUUCUAUUUCACAUUCCCGCUCUCCUUCUAGAUCUCGUUCCCGUUCUCGUUCUCGUUCGCCUGCAUCGAAAUCAUGGAGACGCAAGGGCCAUUCAGUCUCAAGGUCUCAUUCACGAUCGCCCGUAACAAGCCGUCGUCUCCAAAAGGGCAGGGAUUAUCAUUCGAGACCUAAUAGGUCCGUAUCGCGAUCGCCUUUGCGCUCCAGAUCAAAAGCAAGAUCUGACUCACCUGCAUCAUCUCGCUCUCGCUCAAGGUCAUAUUCCCGGUCACUUUCUGGAUCACGGUCUCCUUGAUGAGGAAGAAAAGGCUUUUGUUUUACUACCCCUUGAUAAGGAAGCAGGAUUAACUUCAAUAUUUGCAAUUUUGAGACAGAUGCAGGUUUACAAGCUAGGCAGGCCAAAU